AUGAAGGGGCCGGCUGCGGCGGCGCCCGCACGCAAGAGGCGCGCAUCUGCUGGGCCCAGGUCGAGGCCACAGAAGCGGCCACGUGACGGCGGCCGCGACGGCGACCUCAUCAGCAACCUCCCCGACGCCGUCCUCGGCACCAUCAUCUCCCUCCUCCCCACCAAGGACGGCGCCCGCACGCAGGCCAUCGCCCGACGAUGGCGUCCCCUCUGGCGCUCCUCGCCUCUCAACCUCGACGCCUCCUACAACCUUCACCGCGACGAGUUCAAGCGCCUCUCCGUCGUCUCCAGGGUUCUGUCAGACCUCCCCGGCCCGGCGCGCUGCUUCGCUUUCCGCUUCAUCCGCCUCCACAAGGCCAAAAAGAGGUUUGCCGAGGAUGCCGCGCAGAUCAGUAGCUGGUUCCAUUCCCCGAGCCUCCGCAACCUCCAGGAGCUCGACAUCGGCUUCGAUCUACUUGAAUACGGUGGACAUGAGCAGACCGACAAGGAGAAGCGCUGCCCGUUGCCACCGUCCGUGUUCUGCUCAGCAUCAACCCUUGUCGUGGUCAGCAUUUCCUCCUGCGAUUUCCCAAGGGAGAUCGCGCCUUCACCGAAUUUCCCCCUCAAGCAGCUCAAACUAUGGCGUGUUUCCAUCUCCGACGAUGUCUUCUCGAACGUGCUCUCUGCCUGCCAUGUCUUGGAUAGCUUAGAUCUCUCGUAG